CUGCGUCUCACUCUCUCGUCGUUCGCUGAGUGAGAUGGGGCGCGUUUGCUGCACUCACUUUUUUCCAUUGAAAAAACUUUUUCUUUAUUUUUUCGUGUUUUUUGGUCGCCACGAAUUUUUCCUGCGCUAAUACGAAGCUAAACUUGAAAAUAGAAGAGAUUUGGAAGACAGAGAUAUAUAAAACAUCUCAGUUCGAGUUAAAAUUCAAGGAGAACAUUCGAGCGGAAACUAGGAUCUUUUUUGUUCAAAAUGACUUCAUGAGUAUUUCGAUAUUUUUGUGUAGUUUGAAGCUAUUUCGAUAUAUUUCUCAUGAUUUAGCGAUUGCGGCGUAGAAAAUUAGUUGAAGUGAGCAUGGAAUUCAGGAGGGUAUUCGCGCAGGUGAUUUUGCCGCACAGUUCUUUGAGAAACUAAUUAGUUCGUACAAAUUCCGAGAACAUUGUUGAAAAUGUUGUUAUUUUUAAUUUUGACAACACUUUGCUUAUUUGUAAACGUUUCUUCUGCUUUUUAAAGAUAACUAUCUUCUGAAAAAUUUAUUAUUUGCAGAAGCUACAACCUUCGUGUUAUCAUCACCACGGCGCCAUUUUGGCCAAUCCUUUUUAUUGGUAAGUAAUUUUGAUGCAAAUUUUGGUACAAUUAUCGAUUUUCAAUCAAACAUAUUUUUAGGAUCAAUGAUGGUUGUUGGAAAAAGAUUGCGAUCAAGUCGAGAAAAUGCUGGACAAAGUGCUUUGUCCAGAGAAAAUAUCAAAUUGAAAGAGGAAAUAAAGGAGAAAACAUCAAUAAUCGAGGUGAUAGAAAAUGACAACAAAACCUGCAAAUACGAAAUAACCGUGAAGGACAGAGAAAUAUCAUCAGAAAAAGCAGACAAGAAAAUUAAAAGAUGAAUUACUUGGCAAAGAUUUAGAAAUCGAAAGAAUAUGUGUGAAGUUAGAAAAAGAACGAAUAUUACUGGUUAACAUGGAUAUGGAUCAAUUUUUUCGCAUGAGAAAAACACCACCGCGAAAACCUUUCUCCACCUUGUCACACCAAACGCAAAUGUUGCGAUCAAUUGAAAUUAUGGAAAUGUCGAGAAAUGUCACCGGCGGAGAAGAUUUUUAUACCGUUUGGAAGUUUAUGGGACAAAAUUUCGAACACGAAAAUGGUGUGAGAUGGUGUAAAAUGUCGGAUGUAGAUACUCUUCUUUUAAUGUCAAAGUUCAAUUUUGGAGAUGGGCUGGUUAAAGCAAUGAAUCAUUACUACAAUGCGAAAGUUGGGUUUUCCAUUUUAGCAUCUCGAAGAGCUAUUGCUAAAUUAAUGAAACUUCUCGAUAUUUCUGAUUUAUACGAAUUCGAAGUUGUUACUUGUGUGAUCAAUAAAAAAGAGGUUCAACGAGUGGUUAUUAGAUGUCGAAGUGUUGAGCAUUUAUUAUCAAUCAGAGCCACGAAUCUCGCCAACGCUGGAAGAUUGCAAUUGAAAAACGGAAAAAUUAUUCCUGUAUUAAGUGGUGAUCGAGGUGAUGAAGAAGCUAAAGCUGUCAUUGGUCUGGAAUGUUCACCUACUCCUAAUUCUCCAUAUUCCUUGUCGUUUAUCUGUAGUUUUUGUGGCGAGGAUAAUUAUGCGAAUAUGCUGAAAUUUAUGGGAAGAACCCUUUCAACUUUAGACAACAUCAAAUUUAUUGAUUAUAAAUAUGGAGAUGUUGUUUUGCGAGCAGAGGUUGAUUGGAAAAAGACCGGUAAAUUUUUAUUUUCAAAAAAUCAACAAUUUGAUUUGUUUUUAGGUGAUUUCAAAUUUUUAUCUUCGUUAUCCGCCCACACCGGCCAAUCUUCAACUAAUCCUUGCAUUGGCUGUAUCAUCCCAUUGUGCACUCACGGAGAUCAUCGAGAUACAAUCGGAUUGUUCAAUUUCGAACUAAAAUUUGAUGAUCGGACCGAAGCAAACAUUUUGGAACAUUGCCAACAAGGAACUCAUUCUAUGAAAGAAGGUGCAACACCGCUAGUCCAAAUCCCACCUAAAAAAACAGUUCCUCCAACUGUACACAUUGUUGCUGGAGUUCAUGAAAAAUACGUUGACGAUCAGAUGAAAGCGAAGACAAAUAAAAUGGAUUGUGCACUUUUUGGAAAUGCUCGAACCGUUCCUCAUCAAAAAUCAAUGCUGAAAAAGAAAAAAGAAGAGGAGUUGGUUUUGAAAUCAGCUAUUAAUUUUUUGGAAGCGGAUAUUGCAAUGGGUAAAAAUAUGAUGUCAGCCUUCAGCAACUACACCGUGAAUCCCGAAGAUUCCUGCGACUCUCAAUAUUGUAUUAUCGAUGGAUGUUCUUCAAACACUUUGGAUUGGGUUAAAUGUGAUUUGUGUCAACGGAAUUAUCACAUUUUUUGUAUGUGUAUUAUGUCGGCGAAGAUUGUUCACAAGAUGAAAAAUAGUAGUUCACCAUUUUAUUGUUGGAGUUGCCGUGAAUUUUCGCAUGAAGAAAUGAUAUAUAAUGUUGAAUUCGAAUUGAAACAAUAUAUUGAUGAGGCUGAAACAUUGAAAACUAAGUUAUCUUCGGUCACCAGAGAUAAGAAAUCAAUGGAAGCUGUUCUUUCGGGAGAAGGUGGACCAUCGAGAAAGAAAUUGGAUUCGGUUUUGAAGAAGAUUGGGUGUCUUGGAUCUGCUUGGUUUGGUAAUCCCGUUGGUAAUCAAAUUCGAAAGCUAUUACGCCCAAAAUACAUUGAAAUUGUUUUGGAGGUAUUUCCAGAUGAUGAAUUCAAAUCGAAUCUUCGAAAAGUUAUGAUUUUGCUAGGAGAGAUUAUGACAGCUUCAGGAAAACAAACAUUCAACGAUUUCGAAAAACUUGAAUUUAAAGAUACAAUAAGCCGCUUCGUCAACGCUCUUCGAGAGUUUUGCCCUGAGGAGAAUGUUAUUCCGAAGCUUCAUUAUUUGGUCAAGCAUGUCCCGGAAUAUAUUGAUAUUUAUGACACCUGGGGUGGCGCAUGCUCCGAACAAUCCACCGAACACUUUCAUGUCGUUUAUCGAAAAGUAAAAAAAGCUUUUUCAUCUAUCAAGGAUCUCAUUUUUCAAGCCAAACUUAUGGUGCGCCGAUUUGGAUUUUUGAAUUAUUUGAACGACAUUGGCGAAAAUUGUAAUGAUCCUAUGAUCGAAAUCCCGGUUAGUUAAAAAAAAAAAGAAAUUUUUUAAGUGAAUUUUCAAUUUUUCAGGACGAAUAUCGAAGUUAA